AUGAUAAAUACAUUAGAAAAUUUGGCAAAUGAAAUUCUUCUUAAUAUAUUAUCAAAUUUAGCAUGGUUUGAAAUGAUAGAAUCAUUUUGGGGAAUUAAUAAACGAUUUAAUUCUCUUAUUUGUUUGGUAUUUUCAAUGAAUAAUGAUGGAAAUCAUAGUGGAAUCAUUAUUAGUGAAAUAGAUUUAUCUUUAAAUAAAUAUCAGUCAAUAUUGUGUUCAAUAAAUUCUUACUCAACUCUUUCUGCUUCUAUAAAACGAAUUCAUAUUGAUGGAGCAAAGUCAAUUUUUUUCGAUAUUAUAUCUGAAUGGAUUUUUCAAGAAAAUCUUAUUCGUUUUGUUAAUUUGAAAUCACUUAUUCUGACUCGAUGUUGUCUAUCGGAAAUUUUAAUUAACAAUGUAUCUUUACUUGUUCAAUAUCAAUUGGAUGAACUAAUUCUGACAAUUGAUAAAGAUUUUUCUGAAAUGUUUGAAAAUCAACAAGAAUCUUGGGUAAAUGAUCGUAAUCAAGUCAUAUGCAAACACUUCAUACGUCAACUUUUUUCUUCUGAAUGUCAAUUAACUUCGCUUCGACUUGAUAUUUCGGAAGACGAUUCUGUUUUUGAAAUACGUGAAUGUCUUUCAUCGUCUGAUGAUAUUUAUUCAAAUCGAAUUUACUAUCAACUUGUUACUAACUGUAUAACUCUUCGCCAUUUACACGUUCAUCUUAUUUAUGGUUAUUUUAUUGAACAUAUUAUUGAACAUGUACCAGUUCUUGAAAUUCUCUCAAUUAGAUUCAGGGAUGUAUUGGCUCACGAACGAUUACACAAGAUGCCGUUUAAACAGUUUACCCCAAUUGUUGUCAAUUGGUAUGAUAAGGUUCCAAAAUUAAAAUGUUUUAUUUUAAAAAGUAAGAUUAAUGAUGAUUCGAAGUUUGUAUAUCUAAAAUGGUUUCUUAAUAAUGUUAAUCAUGUUGAAAAAUUAAAACUUCGACUUGAUAUAAAUAUAAAAUGGCAAAAAGAUUUAACGAAAAGAUAUUGUUUCAUUGAUGCAAAUUUUAUUCGUCAAUAUUGUAUGCCUGAUACAUCGACAAACUUGAUUGAUUUUAAUUUUUAUAUUGUGUUCAAAUAUCAUUUACUAUCGGAAAAUAUUCAAACAAUAGAAAAUUCAUUUAAAAUUCAUGAAUUUUUUAUUGAUCGUCGUUGGAUAAAUGUGAAAUGUUUCUUUAAUCCAAUAAUGACAUAUCAACAUAUAUCAUCGAUUAGUAUUAUUAAACCUGAAGUGUUUGAUGGUAUUAAGUAA